AUAAUUUGCAAAUAAUUUGCUUGAUUUACUUGGUUUCCUGAAAAAAUAUUUUUGGAUUCUCAAAUGCAGCGACAACCUGAUAUGUUUGAAAGUGUACGUAUCGCAGAUCGAAGAAACCAAUAGUUACUGGCGUAAACGUUAAUUCUCGUUAGUACGUAAUCUUUUGGACUGCUUUAAGGUUAUACCCAGAGGAGCACCAUGGAAGACUCCAGCAAAUACCAGCAGAUGCAAGAUGAAAUGUCUAGGUUCGAAGCGGAGAUAUCGGGCGCGGAAGCGGCCCGGCCGGUGAUAGGGUCAGCGACCUUCGACGCGGUGCAGCAACAGCUUGACCGCGUGGUGCCGCCUCCUCCGCCGCCGCCUGCGCUGCUCGCGCCCUUCGAUCACAGUAUGAGUGGUAUGAUGGGGCCGCGCGUCAUGUAUCCCACAGUGCCGCCACCGCCGCCUCCGCCUAGCAUGAUGGUGCCGGCUUCGGUGCAGCGUCUCCGCCCCCCUUCAUCAGACAGCUUCCCCCCGCCGCUGUCGUUCAUCCGGCCCGGGGUGCCCGGCCCGCAGCUGAUCCCACCACCGCCACCCAAGCAGCCAGCAAUAUUAUCUGCUGCGCCAAAACUGUAUAAACAACCCAAAGAAGAGGAUGUGAAGAAAGAAAAAGAGAGUAGGAAACGGAAGCGGUCCCCGCCGCCGGCGCCGGCGCCGCGCGCGCCGUCCCCGCCGCCCGCGCCCGCGCCGCCGCCGCCGCCGCCCGCCUGCGAGGCGCUCGUGCCCAAGGCCAAGAAGGAGAAGAAGAACAGGAAGGUGGUGCGCACAGCGGGCGGGCAAGUGUGGGAGGAUGUGACUCUGCUGGACUGGCCCGACGAUGACUUCCGCAUGUUCUGCGGCGACCUGGGCAACGACGUCACAGACGAAUUGCUCACGCGGACAUUCGGCAAGUACAGCUCGUUCCAGAGAGCUAAGGUGAUCCGGGACAAGCGGACCAAUAAGAGCAAGGGCUUCGGCUUCGUGAGCUUCAAGGACCCAGGAGACUUCAUCAAGGCUAUGAAGGAGAUGGAUGGUCGUUACGUAGGCAGCCGUCCGAUAAAGCUGCGCAAGAGCACGUGGAAGAACCGCGCGCUUGACGUGGUGCGCAAGAAGGAGAAAGAGAAGGCUGCCCUGCUCUCUCUACUCAUGUCUGGGAACAAGAGCUGACAGGAGUGAGUGAGUAGGAUAUAUUGUUCGUGAGGUGUCUUGCGAAGCGGAGAUGGAAGGGGGAAAAGAGUAAAAUGUUCCACAGAAGAUUAUUUUUUAAUUUACGUAUUAAACGUUCAAGCAUCAAUGUGCCAAUGAUUUUAAAAAUAUUGUCCAAAAAUAUUGUAUUUCAAAUCUUAUAACUUACUUAGUUUUUCAUACAAAAUAAACCAUAGUUCAUGGCUCAAUGUUCACAACCACACCACGGAAACUCCAUACUAGAAUCCCGUUCUUGCCGUGUUAGGGCAAGCGAAACAGUCAACGCGCGCUCCCUUGCUUUUUAACACCUUACGGCCAUUAAGACUAAAGUGAGACCCAGCGAGGGGGUGAAGUAAAUCGGGCGGAGAGUGUCCGUUCUAUACAUAAACAACCUAUAUACGUCCCACUGCUGGACACAGGCCUCCCCUCAAUCAACCGGAGGGGUAUGGAGCAUACUCCACUACGCUGCUUCCACUGCAGGUUGAUGGAGGAUCUAUACAUACAUAUAUAGUAUUUUUCUUUAUCCUAUGCUCAUACUAUUAUGUAUGUAUUUUUUUACUAAUGAUUUAAUGGAUUAGUAGUCGUAAUUCUGGUUUUGUCUAUAAUAGGACACAUUUAACUUUGUAUUCCAUAUUUUUUUCUCGUCUCUGCUUCGUGUGACAAUGAAAGCAUUGUUUAGAAAAUAAUCUAGUUUAGAAGAUAUUCGAUCGCGUAUGUGACGUGUAGGUAUAUAAAGUUAAGAAUAUUGGAUGUAUGUAUUUAUGUUGUAGAUAAAAUUGUCUCCUUUCACCAACUUGGUUUUUUGUGAUAAUUAGCUACGAAAUUCAAUUCUAUUACUCAGUACACCACAUUUAAAGCGUAUACUCUCUCUUUAUUCUAGGGUGUCUUAGAUUUAGUCUAUGAUUAGUCUUUGUAAAAUACAUUUCCGUUGAUCAACUUUGUUAAAAUACCUCCAUUUAGAUAUGAAUUUGUGUGUUUCAAUUAAAGCAAUAAACAGAAUAUAUCUUUUAAAAAUAA